GGCGAUUGCCGGUUAUUGUAUGACGACAAUAAGUUGUUCUUAAAAUCAUUAAAUUAUUAGUGUUUUGUGUCAAAAAUGAUGUUGAAAAUGAAUAGCGAAGCUACAGCACAGCUUAUACAAAUUUUAGAGAAGACUGUUUCUCCAGACAAAAAUGAACUUGAGGCUGCUCAAAAUUAUCUGGAACAUGCUGCACAAACCAAUUUGGCUGAGUUCCUGCAAACUUUGUCACACAUUCUUCAGCAUGGAGGUAACUCCCCAGUUGCACGUAUGGCAGCUAGUUUACAGCUCAAAAAUAACCUCACUUCCAAAGAUCAAAACAUCAAAGCACAGUAUCAAGCCAGGUGGCUCGCCUUUCCCGAGGAAACUAGAAUGUAUAUUAAGAAAAAUAUCUUAGGAGCUUUGGGAACAGAAAACACAAGGCCUAGCUCGGCUGCUCAAUGCGUCGCCUAUGUUGCGGUAGCUGAGAUCCCUGUUGGUCAGUGGCCUGAUUUAAUUCCAACAUUGUCUGCUAAUGUAACUGGACCCACUUCGACUGAAAUCAUGAAAGAGGCUACUCUUGAAGCAAUUGGUUAUAUUUGCCAAGAAAUAGAACAUGAUUGUUUAGCUAGUCAAUCUAAUCAAAUUUUAACAGCAAUAGUCCAUGGAAUGCGGUCUGGUGAGAGAAGUAAUUACGUCAGACUGGCAGCAACAACCGCGCUUCUUAAUUCACUUGAAUUCACUAGGGCUAAUUUCCAGCAAGAUAUGGAGCGUAACUACUUGAUGGAAGUAGUUUGUGAAGCUACACAGUCAACUGAUACACAAGUCCGUGUUGCAGCUCUACAAUGUCUUGUUAAAAUAAUGACUCUAUACUACCAAUACAUGGAGACCUAUAUGGGUCAGGCCUUGUUUCCAAUUACAUUAGAAGCAAUGAAAUCUGACAUAAAAGAAGUGGCUCUUCAAGGAAUUGAAUUUUGGUCUAAUGUCUCUGAUGAAGAAGUCGACUUAGCGAUAGAAGAAUCAGAAGCUGUAGAAAUGGGGAAACCUCCAGCUAGGACAUCUCGUUAUUAUGCUAAAGGAGCUCUUCAGUAUCUGGUUCCUGUAGUUCUUACCAAACUUACUAAACAGGAGGAGUUUGACGAUGAAGAUGAUUGGAACCCAAGCAAAGCUGCUGGAGUUUGCUUAAUGUUACUAGCGACAUGCUGCGAAGAAGACAUUGUGCCACAUGUAUUGCCAUUUGUUCAACAGAAUAUAAAAUCACCAGACUGGAGGUACAGAGAUGCUGCUGUGAUGGCGUUCGGUUCCAUUCUGAGUGGACUUCACUCCAGUACGCUGAAACCCAUGGUAGAACAAGCAAUGCCUACUCUUAUUGAAUUGAUGUAUGACAGUUCAGUUGCGGUGAGAGACACAGCUGCAUGGGCAUUUGGUCGUAUUUGUGAAAUAGUACCUGAAGCAGCUACAAACGAAACUUAUAUUAAACCCCUUCUUGAAUCUCUGCUUAACGGCCUGAAGGCAGAGCCGAGGGUAGCAGCGAACGUCUGUUGGGCCUUUACUGGUUUGGCUGAAGCCAGUUAUGAUCAGGCUGAAAACCAGGUCGAAGAUGGUUCCCAGCCUGAGACAUACAUCCUCUCCAGAUAUUUUGAGUACAUCGUGCACAGCCUUCUAGCUACCACCGAUAGGGUAGACGGGGCACAGGCCAAUUUACGCCCUGCUGCGUACGAAGCACUGAUGGAGAUGGUGAAGAACUCGCCCAAAGAUUGCUAUACCGUCGUCCAGAGAGCCACUCUCAUUAUAUUGGAUCGUCUGAAUCAGGUCCUGGCUAUGGAACAACAAAUACAAAGCCACUCGGACAGGGCACAGUUCAAUGACCUCCAGUCGCUCCUCUGUGCCACGCUACAGAGUGUCCUACGGAAAAUGACCCCAGAAGAUGCACCUCAAAUAUCUGAUACAAUCAUGAAUGCACUUCUACAAAUGUUCAAUUCCAAUUCAUGCAAGUCAGGUUCAGUCCAAGAAGAUGCAAUAAUGGCAGUUUCAACACUAGUUGAAGUUCUUGGUGAUGGCUUUAUUAAAUAUAUGCCUGCAUUCCAACCUUUUCUCUGCAUGGGUCUCAAAAAUCAUGCUGAAUAUCAGGUUUGUUGUGCUGCCGUUGGUCUCACUGGAGAUAUUUGUCGGGCCUUGAAAAACAAAGUUCUUCCAUAUUGUGAUGAUAUCAUGAGGCUUCUUCUUGAAAAUCUCAGUGAUAACAGUGUUCACCGUUCUGUAAAACCACAAAUUCUAUCAACUUUUGGAGAUGUCGCAUUAAGCAUUGGCUCUGAUUUCAAAAAGUACUUGGAUGUAGUACUCCACACACUUAUGCAGGCUGCUCAAGCGCAAGUUGAUACGAGUGACUUCGACAUGGUUGAUUGGUUGAAUGAAUUAAGGGAAGGAAUCGUGGAAGCCUACUCUGGUAUCAUUCAAGGAUUGAAAGGAGAAGAUAACAACACGGCCGUCAGUGUUGCUAAUCUUGCAUUGCUGGAGCCCCAUAUCCCAGUGAUGGCCCAGUUCUUAACCUGUAUUUCUAGAGAUACCUCCAAGCAGGAUAAAGUUUUGGCCGGCUCAGCUGGUCUAGUUGGAGAUCUUUGUUCCGCUUUCGGUCCUAAGGUCAUACCCCUGUUGGAUAUUGAUCCAAUCAAUGAGCUGCUGACACAGGGAAGGAGGUCGAGGAUCAACAAAACGAAAGCUGUUUCAAACUGGGCAUCCAAAGAAAUGAGGAGAUACAAAGCUACUAUAGCUAACGCAGCCUCCUGCGGGAGUGAAGUGGUGACCAACGGUGCUCAGGCGAUGAUGUCACCGCCAGGUGCCAUGUAAAGCGCUGAGAUACCUAAGAAGUUGACCGCAGCGAUAUCUCUCUUUCUCCCCACAAUCUCUGAUCAUCCAACAAACGUGAAACAGAUUUGUAAACUUGUACGUGACAUUGACUUACAGACUUUAUUAGGACCGUCACUGUCGAUAAGAACAGAGGAGAGACUACGUAGCGGCCAGCAGACCCUCAACCGCAGCCUCCCUGGCCACUUCCAACAUUUCUGUCUGUCUGCCUGCCUGUCCUUUCUCUCAGUGUUUAACCUUCAUUUUGUCAUGUUCAUUGUUAUCAUAAAUUUCAUAUUAUGUAGUUUUUAUGGAGAACAAAUGGUGAGUAUCAAGAGAGAAUAAAUAUGAGGUGUGUGUCAGUGGUAAACUGUUAUUUCUACUUUUAAAUACAGAUUUCAGCGAAUCAUCGUUUGUCAGAUUUAUAUACAUAUGUAUAUUUUUUCUUUGGAGAUCAACGAAAAAAUGACGUGAGUGAAGUGAAUGAACGAUAAUUAUGGAAAAUAUGUGAGGGGCGAAUUGUACAAAUGUGUCGACUCCACUUAAAGAGUUUAUUUCAUUUAGUUUUAUUUUGUUAAACAAUAUUUAGUUGAAGUUAUGUAGAAAAUGUUAUGAAAUUCACAAGCGAUUGAAAACUGAAGAACAUAUCCAAAGAGAAUUUUGUAUAGACGUACGUUUUUUGGUAUUUCCCGUCCUUGGGAAGAAGAGUAUUAGAAGAAUGAAGUGCCUUUAAGCUAUCUACUACAAUUGGAACGAGCUGAGGGGAUUGCCCAUCCUCUGCCUACAAAAUUAUUUUAUCUUAUUGUAAUUUAUAAAUUUAAUGUCUUAUUGUAACAGAGAAUAUACUAGCAAUGGCUAGCAGCAGUUAAUUUUACCAGUAACAAGUAGUAAAAACUGAAAAAAAAAGUAUGGCUGUUUCCAACAUACCAAUAUCUACUCAGGAAAUAAAAAUGUGUAUAAAGGACCUUUUUAGAUGCUGUUUAUUAUUUAUUAUUUUUUUAAUUUAUGUUUUUGAAGAUAUCAGUCAUGAAAGAGGAUUGCUCAUUAUUUUUAUUUAUUUAUUCAUUUUUAUUACCUCAUUUAAAAUCCACGUUUGGACUACGACUACUAAGCCUGUGAUAGUUGGACUCAUUUUAAUGCCUUAUGAGCCUAAUUUUAAUUUAGUUUCUAUUUUCAUAACUUUGUUAUGUGUAUGUAAUAUCUAUAGUAAUUUAUCUGUACAAAUAACAUAUUUGUACUUAGGUUUUUUGUAAGCACAUUGCUAGGUUCUCUCUGUGGCCUGUGACAAUACCAAACUUGUUUCUUAGCUAGGUUUCUUUUCCUCACUUUCUUGGAGUGAGAGCUUGUAUAUAUACCAUUAGUUGUUUGCCAUGGCCUUCUCACAAUAUAGGCUUACUUUUGAUAUUAAAAACUUGUGGCCUCGAUUUUAAAAAAUUGAUUUAGUUGUCGUCUAUCAUGCUUGUUCUGGCAUACGUUUUUCAAAGUAAUUGUAAAAUAAGUUUGAAACUGGUUUUAUUUCCCUAAUAAGCUUUCAUUUCUCUAUGGUAUAACUAGAUUUUAAUUUUUAAGAGCGUAAACUCAUGUAAACUUGUUAUUAGGCCAUGACAAUCUGAAAUUAUUGUUAAUAUCUACUUGUCACAAAUUAACAUUUAAAUUAAGUGAUAAAAGGAACAAUCUAGAGGUUUUGUUAUGGAAAUGUUCCUUUUUAAGAUAAACCUGUCAAUAUAUGUAUAUUUUUGGGAAUAAAAAUUAACAAACUAGUUUAGGGUUAAAAUUUAAAUAAAGGCACACCGAAUCUGGGCAAUGACUGUCGGUUUUUGUUUUUAUAUAAUUAAUAUAAAAAAUAAUAAAAAAAUAUACGUUUAAGAAACUCAUUUAACUGUGAUUGCGAAGUGUGUGCACAAAAGUGUUUCCUAGAGUGUGCG